AUGCGGCUCCUUGCGCUCCCGAUCCUUUGUGCCCUUUUCGCUUCUGUGGUAACAGCAGAGUCAUCCGAGCCAAAACCAAACAGCGAUAUAUCUGAGAAGGGUUCCACAGAUGUUCCGGAGCCUACAAUUUUUAAUGGAAUCGAAGUACCACCUUUGCCGGAAAUAGCUGGAGGCGCGUUCGAUUCUACAGUGAAGGACGGCUACUGGUUUGUAAAACAUCACUCACCUUACUGCCCACAUUGCUUAAAAAUCGCGCCUAUCUGGCAAACACUGUACGAGUUUUACUUGACCUCGAAACCUGUGCCCGCUGGCUCCUCCGAAGAUAGCGCAUCGACUUCUUUGAACACAUUCCCCGCUUAUUACAAUUUCCACUUUGGGUCUCUCGAUUGUUCUGCUUUUGGAGACGCGUGUGGAGAACACGACGUGAAGAACUGGCCUACUUUCAUUCUAUAUAAGGAUGGAAAGGAAGUGAAGAGAAUGUCGGGGCCCGUAAGGGCCGAGGCUAUGAAAGCUUUGAGUGACUUCGUUGAGGAUACACUCGAAACCAUCAGACCUGGUUCCCGGCCAAUUGGUGGGCCUGAGCUGCCAAAGGCUGGAGCUAAGGGUAGCAGUGAUUUACAGGCUCCGGCAUCUGCCCCGCCCAAAGGAUCCAAGAAGGGCAGCAAGGGCAAAUCGAUGUCACCGUCAAUCAGCACCGAUGUUUCGCAGACGAAGACGAAAUCACCAGCGCACAGAGCCACGCCUGUAAAAAAGAAGCCAGCAAAGCCAGCCUCUACCCCAAAUCCGCUUGGCGCAUCUGUGCCUUUCACUGCAGAGAGCUUCCAGAAUUCUGUCACCAUGACGCAAGACCCUUGGUUAAUAAAGUUCUACGCACCCUGGUGUGGCCAUUGCCAGGGUAUGGCUCCCAACUGGAUCCAACUUGCGAAGGAAAUGAAAGGUAGACUGAAUAUUGGCGAGGUCAAUUGUGAUGUCGAGACGAGACUGUGCAAAGACGUCCGGGUAAGGGGAUACCCAUCUAUUUUGUUCUUCCGAGGCGGCGAACGCGUUGAGUAUGAUGGCUUGAGAGGAUUGGGUGACUUCGUGUCAUACGCCAAUAAAGCUAUUGAUGUCGGGGAUGGGGUUAGAGAUGUUGACGCUGAAGAGUUCGAAGAAUUGGAAGAGAGCGAGGAAGUCAUCUUUGUUUAUUUCUACGAUCACGCCACCACGAGCGAGGAUUUUGCGGCCCUAGAAAGGUUGACAUUGAGCUUGAUUGGCCACGCAAAGUUAGUCAAGACGAAGGAUCAAGCUCUUGUCGACCGAUUCAAGAUCACGACCUGGCCCAGAAUGUUGGUCUCACGAGACGGCCGCCCCACGUAUUAUACCGGUCUAACGCCCCAAGAAAUGCGUGACUUCCGACGAGUCCUCCACUGGAUGCAGUCCGUGUGGCUUCCAAUCGUCCCAGAGCUAACAGCCACUAACUCGAGAGAAAUUAUGAACGGAAAGUUGGUGGUGCUUGGUAUCCUGACCCGUGAACGGCCGGACGAGUUUUUAAUGGCCAAGAAAGAAAUCAAGAGUGCUGCUUUGGAAUGGAUGGAUAGACAGACUGCGGCAUUCCAACGUGAGCGUCAAGAAUUAAGAGAUGCAAAGCAGUUGAGAAUCGAAGAAGCGGAAGACCGUAAUGACCAGCGAGCUUUGCGGGCGGCCAAGAGUAUCAGAAUCAAUAUGGAUCAAUCCCAGCAAAAGGAAGUCGGUUUUGCCUGGGUCGAUGGGGUGUUCUGGGAGAGAUGGAUACGAACAACGUAUGGAAUUGAAGUGGCCAAGGAUGGUGAGAAAGUCAUCAUCAACGAUGAAGAUAACCGCCGGUAUUGGGAUACAACUAUCAGUGGCAAUUUCAUCAUGCCAUCAAGAACUUCAAUUCUUGAAACUAUCGGCAAAGUUGUUCACUCGCCUCCAAAAAUCAAGGCCAAAACUACAGUUUCGAGCUUUGAGAAGCUAUUCUUUGAUAUCCGAGGGGCUAUAUCCGGACAUCCUUUCUUAUCGAUCGGGAUUUUCGCGGGUAUUGUGCUUGGUGCGAUGACCUGGGGACGCGGGCGUAUAAGGAAAAGUCGAGGCGGCUUCUUCAAACUGGAUGAGAAAGAUGGUCUACUGGGCGGGAAUAGCAAUGGAAAGGUGGAUUAG